AUGGAUCGUUCCCAAGGUAGGAAACCCUUGAAUAAGAACCAAUUUUUCAAACGGGAAAAAGUUCGUAAUGCAAGAACCAUCAGGGCUGAAGCUGUAAAUGCCGACAAAAGGCAGAUCAGUGAUGAUCCAUCCAGUAGAGACUUAAGUGAGUCUGGUGGAAUGCUUCAAUUGCCAGAUUUCAUUUCCUCAAGACAGUAUGAAAUGAAACAAUUGCAAUUGGCAAUGCAUAGUUCCAAGACCGCAGGAUGUACCAGAGUUUUCCAAGCAUUGCCAAGGCGUCUGCGUCGUAGGACGGCUUCUCAUAACGUUAAAAGGAUCCCCAAGAGAAUGAGGAGUAGAGCCAUCAGAGAGAUGUUGAAGAAUGACCAACAGAUUAGUGAUAAGAGGAAAAUGGAGAAGAACAAGAAAAGUCAUGGCUUAUCAGCGUCUCAAUUGUACAGAGCUAGGAUGUCACUGCAACUUUUAAGACUUGUUGGUAAGUCGACCUCUAUGAAACUGGCUCUACCUGAAGAGAUUACAGCGCCCAACUGUCAUUUGAGGACAAAAAUUAGGCGGUUAAAGAAGAUGAUUAAAGAUGGCAAUAAGAGGCAGCAAUUCUACAAUAAUAGAAUGGGCAGCUAUGAUAACACUUCUGUUAAUAAACUGGCUCCUAUGCCUCGAGGUAAGGUUAAGUACAUGAAGAGACAAAAGUUCUUUAGCUGGUUACCUACCCAUGUAUGGAACGCGAAGAGGUCCCAUAUGAUGAAACGGUGGGGGUACCAUUUAGCAUGGUCACCAACUCAAAAAUGUUUUAGAGCGACCCAUAGAAUCGGUGGUGAUGUAGCUACUUCGGAUGGUACUCUCUGUAUGGAUUCAAGUUUUUACGGAACUAUGGUUUUAUCUGGACCCCGUUUACAGGAAGCAGUGGAAGCGUUAGCCGGUAGUCAGAGUGUGAAGAAAAAAUAUCGCUCAUCUAAACUUUGGUACGAAGGUUUUGCAUACAAUUUAAAUGACCCAUCCAUUGUACUAGGGCCAUUAGAAUUGUUAUGGGUAAAUGAGGACACGAUUCUAGUCAGACUGCAUCCUGCCAUAUAUGUCACCGUUUUCCAAUCUUUGGGGGAAAAGUUUUCGUCUGAGUUAACGAUUCAAGAUUGCAGAUAUUCUCUCAGUAGUAUAACAUUGAGGGGAUCUAAUUCAUUGGAAGCACUCUCACGCAUAUUAAGAAGCAGUGAUCACUGCCGAUCUUUUGAACAGUUCCAAACAGCUUCUCAAAUUGCAGACCCAAAUGUACUUCCCAAAAAGACCCUUUUCGCAUUCAACUGCAUAGAUCCACGUCAUUUAGCCGCCCCAAAAUCAUUAGGUGGUUCUAGAACUGUCCCCACGGUGGACGAUAUAAUAAAUCUGCAAGUGCAAUUCCCACAUGAAGAAGUCAACCAAAUUAUCUCUCAUCUGUGUGAUCCUCAGCAACGUAAUGAAUCCUACAAGAACCAGCAUACGUUAAAGGAAUUAGCACAAAGGCGCAGAUCUCUUUUAAAUUCAGAUCCAAAGGAAGGUCAUAAGAAUUGCAUCCCAUUUUCUGCGGAGUCAGACCCUAGUUUUCCAGUUUUGAUUGUAAGAAGACCAAAGAGUGAGGAUUGGUUACUUAUUUUACCUUGGUUCUGGUUGCUACCAGUAUGGUUCCAAUUGAACAGAAUUCCUAGAGUAUACCACAUGGGGUUGAGACAAAUGCAACAGUUGGACUACGAAAAUAGUAGGCUCUACUUCCCGGACGAUUUUCCCUUUACCGCAGUAGGUCAUGCAGAGAACUCUUUAUACAAUAGGGAGGCGUCUAGCGCCAAAUGGAAUAGAAAACCACCUUCUAAAAGGUUGAAUUUCGAUAAAAUUCCAAACUUACACAGUGAUCAAUUACCUUCAUGCGUGGGAGAAAUUGGAGACUAUUUUAGCUGCGAUUGGAGAUUGCUACAGAUAUGGAGGAAUGGUAUCAAAUAUUUGAAACUCCAAGGCAAAGAUUUGAAACUAUUCCAUGCUGAAAAGACCACUCAAUUUGAUAACAACGGUACAAGAUCAAUUGAUGUGGUCAAUGAUGUCUGGGAAUUGUACAAAGAUAUUUCCAAGAACGAAGAGACAGAUCUAUUGCCAUUAACACUGACACCACCAAAGGAAGAUACUUCCAAGGCUCCCCAGCUACUCAUAACUCAAACACCGCUCCAAGUGGUCCCCGUAUCGUGUCAGUAUUUGGAAAGAGGUCGUCCAAAGGAUAACGCAAGGAUAUAUAUGGUACCACGCGACCAAGUUGAUCACUGGAAACAAGUUCACAAAGGAAUAUUUCGUGCAGAUGGAAAAGUGGAGCACAAUUUACAGCAUCCACUACCUUCGGUCACAGACCUCAUCGGGUUUGUCACCAGUGGAACGUUCCACUUGGGUGAGGGAAGAGGUGUAGCCAAUGGGUUUAUAGACGCAGAUGCAGCCCAUAACCAACCCUCCAACUACGUACUUGUGAGAAACGUAGGGACGAAUGUCUACAGGCUUGCCAAUUGGUCUCAAAUUAAUCUGUAA